GCAGAGGCCCAGGGCGAACUUAGUGUUAGUCUCAUUCGUUCCGCUUAGCUGUAUCGUAUCUGAUCGAUCCGGUCCGGCAUGGGAAGUUUUCCAGCUUUACUUGUUGUUGUGGGCUUGUUGGCAUUGGGCACGCAUGCUCAACUCCAAAUCAAUUGUGUGUCGAAAAUCCCAAGUGGCCGGGUCACCGGUCACUGCAUUUCGAUCAGGGACUGUGACUACUUUAUGCGGAUCCUAGUCUCCAGCAAUCUGACCCAGAGCGAUCGCAUCCUUCUCCGCGAAAAUCAGUGCGGUGUGCGGGGCAACGACGUCCAGGUAUGCUGCCCCAGCACAGCUGGCUUGGGUGCACUAAUCAACCCACUUCUGCCCACGGAUUGUGGAACGGUUCGUUGGCAGCGUUCGAAUGAGACGGAAACCCGGAUCAGGGAGUUUCCCUGGCUGGCCCUUAUCGAGUAUACUAGAAGCAAUCAAGAGAAAAUCCACGCCUGUGGUGGAGUACUUAUAAGCGAUCGCUAUGUACUAACUGCUGCCCACUGUGUGGCUCAGGCUGCGGCGGGUAAUCUGAAGAUUACAGCGGUUCGUCUUGGUGAAUGGGACACCAGCACCAAUCCGGAUUGUCAAUACCAUCAGGACUCCCAGAUUGCGGAUUGUGCACCCCCGUACCAGGAUAUACCCGUUGAAGAGCUCCGGCCACAUCCUGAUUACAACAAAAACGACGUGACUCAGAUUAAUGAUAUUGCUCUCGUCCGUUUGGCAAAUCCUGCUCAGCUCAACGAUUUUGUGAUCCCAAUAUGCUUGCCAAACAAGCAGCUACGAGCGGAUGAACUGGAGGGUCUGGUCACCGAAAUUGCAGGAUGGCAGGCCACAACCUCGCCAAGGAUGCGAAAGAGUUAUGUCACCAUCAGCUCCAUAGAGGAGUGCCAACGGAAGUAUGCUGGUCAGCGCUUAAAUGUCCAAUCUACCCAGCUCUGUGGAUUGACCAAUUCCAAGGAAUGUCAUGGUAAUGCCGGAGGACCUUUGAUGCUGUACAAAAACGAGCGAUAUCUGCUGGGGGGACUUGUAUCAUUUGGUCCCGUUCCCUGUCCCAAUUCCGAUUGGCCGGAUGUCUACACCAGGGUGGCCUCCUACAUCGAUUGGAUUCACGACAAUUUAAGGGCAUAGAAAAGCUUAUUAUUAAGGAUACAAAAAUGUCAGUAAAUUUUUGGUGCCAAUAUAUUCGUGUUUUUACAAAAAUUAAUAAAAUAAAA